UUGUUGGCAGCGAGCUGGGCGUCCGAGAGGAUUACACCAAAUAUAUUAAAAAAAUAGACAGCAACUAAAACUCUCGCCCCGAAAAAUGACAAUUCACAUCGUAUCCAGACUGCAGCUAAUGAGUAACCCACGCCUUGUCCUAGUUGAUAAGUAGCUUUUGGAGAAAAACAUCUGCCAGUAUUUGCUCAGGAAAACAGCGGACUCUAAGCGAGCAACGAUUAUAUGGAUUUACCAUCUGCUCGAAAAGCGAGAACAUAAUACGUUUUGGGGAGACAACUCUGCGGCAACAAGAGGAUGAAAUGAGAAAGAGAAAAAAAGUAUUCAGCUUGAAGUUGGAAUUACAACCCAAUUGGACGGAUAUUGUUUAUGUUGCUCUUACAAUUGAUUCGGGGUUAGUAGACUUCAUAAUCGCCGAAUUUAUGCAGCAUAGUUCUAUAAAUGACACGAUUUGUGUAUCAAUUGUCAACGCAGAAUAAUAGCUACUACAGUAGAUCAGAGUUCGUGGUUUAUUUAUAGGAAAGGGAUCAACGCUUUGUGUGCCGAUGCCAACAGCAGAUUGCAGGUUGCUCCAUCAUGGUCGGAUCAUGAAGUGUUUGACUUUUUUACUCUUACUUCCAGAAACACUGAAAAAGUCUAAAAAGACUGGGAAACACACAGGCAGUUUACCAGUAUGCUAUGAGAUUCUAACCCUGUCCCUGAAGAAGAAGAUGGCUGCAGAACUGUACCCUGCGACCACCAAUCUAACCAACAACGGUACUACGGUGACCGCCAGUGACAAGAAAAGCGAUGUGCAGGUCACCCAGUCAACAACCACUGCAACAACACCGACCACCCAGCAAAACAUAAACAACAACAACGUCGAUCCUCCCAGCUGGCAGUCCUCUCACCCCACGCUACGGGAGAGGAAUGCCUUGAUGUUCAACAAUGAACUCAUGGCCGAUAUACAUUUAAUUGUUGGUCCCCCUGGUGAAUCUCAGAAAGUACCAGUGCACAAGUAUGUGUUGGCAGUGGGUAGCUCCGUCUUCUGUGCCAUGUUUUACGGGGAUCUUGCAGAGGAGGAGUCCGAAAUCCAUAUCCCAGACGUGGAACCUGCUGCCUUUCUAAUUCUGCUGAAUUACAUGUACAGUGAUGCGAUAGACCUGGAGGCGGACACCGUGCUGGCUACCCUGUACGCUGCCAAGAAGUACAUUGUACCAGCCCUGGCCAAGGCCUGCGUCACCUUCCUGGAGACCAGCCUGGAGGCCAAGAACGCCUGUGUGCUGCUGUCCCAGAGCCGUCUGUUUGAGGAGCCUGAGCUGACACAGCGCUGCUGGGAGGUGAUUGACGCCCAGGCCGAGCUGGCCCUGGGCUCCGAGGGCUUCUGUGAGAUCGACCUGCAGACCCUGAAGAUCAUCCUGCAGAGAGAGACUCUCAACACCAAGGAGGUGGUGGUCUUUGAUGCCAUGAUGAGCUGGGCCACAGCUGAGUGUAAGAGGCAAGGACUGAGGGCAACCACCCACAACAAGAGAUCUGUCCUGGGCAAGGCACUCUACCUGGUGCGCAUCCCCACUAUGACCCUGGAGGAGUUUGCUGAUGGGGCGGCCCAGUCAGACAUCUUGACACUGGAGGAGACGCAUGACAUUUUCCUGUGGUACACAGCGGCCACCAAGCCCAAACUGGACUUCCCACUGGCACAGAGGCAGGGCCUGGCGCCCCAGAGGUGCCACCGCUUCCAGUCGUCAGCCUACCGGAGCAACCAGUGGCGCUACAGGGGCCGCUGUGACAGCAUCCAGUUUGCAGUGGACAAGCGGAUCUUUAUCGCUGGACUGGGUCUGUACGGGUCAAGUGGCGGAAAGGCUGAGUACAGUGUCAAGAUUGAACUGAAGCGGCAAGGGGUGACCCUAGCACAGAACCUGACCAAGUUUGUGUCGGACGGAUCAAGCAGUACAUUUUCUGUGUGGUUUGAACACCCAGUUCAAGUGGAGCAGGAUGCCUUUUAUACAGUGAGUGUCGUGCUGGACGGGAAUGAGCUGAGCUAUUUUGGCCAGGAGGGCAUGACGGAGGUGCAGUGUGGAAAAGUGACUUUUCAGUUCCAGUGCUCCUCGGACAGUACCAACGGGACUGGGGUGCAGGGGGGACAGAUCCCGGAGCUGGUGUUCUAUGCAUAAGCUGGAUUGGUCAUAAAAGGAGAGGUAGAGAACAUAUAGACCAUACUGUACAUCCAUAUGUUGCAGCCUUAUAAAUAAUGUAGCAUUAAGACACUACAGUGUCAGACUAAACAAAAUACUAUUUUUAAGUCAAGGAACGUUUUAUCUUAUUUAUUUAAAAUAAAAAUGUUAUUUGUAUUAUUUUAAUUAACGCUGCAAAAAGCAGUCCCUUGUAAAAAGUCAUAUUGCACUUGUGGACAGUCUCUGCAAUGUUGUUUUGUACAUAAAACACAGUUAAAUGGUUUGCAGCUUGAUGCUGAUCAACCAUGAUGUUCCUGUUUGAGAGCUUACGAACCUGCAGAAAAUCAUAAACAUUUUGUGAGAAGCCACA